GCCGUUAAGGAAUUUCCGAUUUUUCCCUCAUAUACAAAUUCAACUACCCUUUUGGGUUUAAUCCUUUAUCCCAUCUUCAAAAUCCCAUAAAUUGCAGAAAUUUUGAAUAAUAAUUCGGUGCAGAUGAAGUGGUUACAGAGGACGGCGAUGAAGAGGCUGCACGUGAAGGUCAGGCCGUUGAAGCUGGAGGGAUUGUGUGGAAUCGAAGUGGAGGAUGGAGGGGGGAAAAUGGUGUCUGUUGAGAUGAUCUGGAAAGGGCCCAAUCCUGGAUUGCUUCCGUUUUACCGAUCGUCGUCUAAUCGCCAGAGAAAUCGGAGCAAUCAGAGGUCCGUCGGGGAGGAUGGGUCAGUCGAAUGGGACGAUGAAUUUGAAAGAGUUUGUGGGUUUUCGAUUAUUUCGAAAGAUCCUCCUUUGUAUGGUUCAUGGGAUGUUUGCUUCAAUAUCUUACAUGGGGACAAUGCAAAACCAAAAGGCAAAUUAGAUGUGCUGGGAAAAGUUCCGGUGGAUUUAUCACAAAUAAUUUCGAAGAUGGAAUGCUCUGAGAUCAAGAGGACGUUUCCGAUCAGUUUGAAGGUUGGUGGAACCACCGUGGAAGCUACUCUUAUGGUAUCUUUGAGCUUUGUGGAGGUGAGAUGCUCCGAUGAUUCACCGGGUAUUGUCCAAAACUCAGCAGAGUCGCGGGAGGAAGAUGGGUCGUUCAGAAUUGUAAAGGACUUAAAGCAGAACGAGAAGAAAAAGAAGGAAACGAACCGAGUGGUGAGCAGAUCGUCGGAAUCGGAGGAGUCCGGCUUGUUUGAUUCCGAUGGGUUGCUCGGGAACGAGUCGACCACCACGUGUGAAAACAGCAGUGAGGAGCUGAGUUCCGGUACCGAGUUGGAAUCCACCCAAUCUGCCCCUGAGCGCAAGACGGGAUUGUUUUCAUGGAAGAGACGGCGGCUGAGCUUUAGCUCGUCCUGGAGGAAAGCAGAGCCGGCUGCGAAGAAUACCGGCGAAGGCGGAGAUGAUGUUGAACCUUCCGGUUCUUCCCUUGAUGAACCAUUCACACCCUGGGAAUUGAGGGAAAUAAUCAGUAGAGAUAGAGAAGCAAAGCUGAAGGCCAAUGUGUUCUUUGCUUCCUUCGAUCAACGAAGCGACAAAGCAGCAGGAGAAAGCGCCUGCGCAGCUCUGGCUACCGUGAUUGCUGACUGGCUCCAUUCAAAUCCUGACAUAAUGCCAACAAGAUCAGAAUUCGACAACCUCAUAACAGAAGGCUCUUGGGAAUGGCAGAAGCUUUGCAACAACACUGCCUACACCACUUCCUUUGCUGACAAGCAUUUCGAUCUGGAGACAAUCCUGAAAGCCGAUCUCAGGCCGGUAAUAGUCCUGACGGAUAAAUCUUUCACCGGUUUCUUUAGCCCGGAGAAAUUUGAAUCCUUGAAGGGUCUCAUGUCAUUUGAUCAGAUAUGGGAUGAAAUAAGCCGCAACACUAGUGAGUAUGAAACUGGGAUUUAUAUAGUCAGCUGGAACGAUCAUUUCUUUGUAUUGAAGGUAGAACCGAAGGCAUGUUACAUUUUCGACUCAUUGGGGGAACGGCUGUCUGAGGGGUGCAACCGGGCAUACAUUCUGAAGUUUGAUGAUUCGAGUUUGAUUUACCAGAAUGUGGAAGGGAAAGAAGGUGAGGAAAAUGAACAGGUGCUCUGCAGUGGGAAAGAGUGUUGCAGAGAGUACAUGAAAAGAUUUCUUGCAGCUAUACCAGUUGGAGAACUCGAGGUGGAAGAGAGAAAGGGAACAGUUUCUGCUUCUCUUCAUCGGAAAUUGCAGAUCGAUUUCCAUUACAGCUCUUGUUCCUCUUCUUCAUCGGCAACUUCUUCUCACUUCUAUUGUAAAGAGAAGAGAAUACAUAGGUAGUUGAUAGAUAAAAGGCACACAUUGUUUCCAUUUUGUAAUUACUUUUCAUAAAAUUCAAUGUAAACCCUGAUGUGAAGGUUAAGGACUGAUUCAUCAAAACAUUCCCAGAAACCCCAAAUCCUGUUUUCCUUUGAGGUUCCUUCUCCAUCCUUGAAAGGAAGGAGUGACUCUGUUCUGUAAAAACAAGAAUAAGUUGAGUGUACUUUGAUUCUAAGUACACACAAAAGAUCUCCCAUCAAGUGCUUUUUGGGAUCUCUCUUUUAAGUUUUUAAAAGCACAAUAGACAGAAAAGUCUAUA